CGAGAUUUGUCCCGUUCCCUUAAUUCGGACCCCCGGACAGAAAAGAAAUUCGAAACAAGCCCCAAAAGAGAGAGGCUUUUGGGUUGGAUUGGAUCAAAUAUCAUCAUCAGAUCACUGAAUCAAAAACACGCGCACCACAUCGAUGCACUGUGUUUUGUGCUACCCAUCCAAUCAUCAUCAUUAAUCACCCCCCCCUCCCCAAUUACAUUCCAAAUCCCGUCCUCCACCGCCCACGGCGGCAUUCGGCCGUCUUUCCGACUGAAAAUUUCGAUAAGCUCGUCAUCGUCCCGGCCGACUGUCGGAUCUUUUAAACCCUGGCCGUGUAAUUUUUACGGGUUGUGAUGUUAUUACAGCGAUCUUGACUAUUAUCAUCCUUCUUGUUCUUCCAACUCGGAAAUCGAGCAGGUUUUUGGAUCGAUUUGGGUGGGGAAAAUGGCUCAGGGUCAGACUCAAGCUCCCAAUAUGGAUCAAUUCGAGCUCUAUUUCAGGAGAGCAGAUGUGGAUCAGGAUGGUCGGAUUAGUGGAAACGAAGCCGUUUCGUUCUUUGAAGCCACCAAUUUGCCUAGACCAGUUCUCGCUCAGAUAUGGACAAUAGCAGAUCAAAAUCGAACUGGUUAUCUUGGUCGGCAAGAAUUUUAUAAUGCUCUUAAGCUAGUUACCGUAGCUCAAAGUAAGCGAGAAUUGACACCGGAGAUUGUAAGAGCUGCAUUAUUCAGUCCAGCUUCCGCACAAAUCCCUCCUCCCAGGAUUGAUCUUAAACCAACAGCAGGCCCUCAAGCAAACAUACCAGUAAGAUCAUCUGUCCCACCGCCGUCUGCUGCUCCUGCACCUCAAACAAUUGGCUUUACACCCCAACAUAAUCAAGUUAUGCGCCCUCCUCGACCCCCAACUCCUGCUGCUACUUUCCAGUCUCCACCAGUUGUUAAUGGUCCACAAAUGCCUCAAUAUGGAGGUUCAAAUGUAGUUUCUCAACCACCAAAUUCCUCUGCUUGGGUUGGAGGAAACAAUGUUGUUCCGCAGGCAGCGCGUCCUCCUCAACCUGUUAGAAGCGUAGGACCGACUGGUCAGGAUGGUCUUGCCUUGGUUCCAUCUGGUUUACCAACUUCUACACAGCCUGGAGCCCAAGCAACUUCGGGUUAUGUGCAACCUGCUCAACCUAGGCCAAGUGUUACUUCACUUGAUAACAAGGUGGAAACAAAAGAUUCCAAAGCACUUACUGUUGUAGGAAAUGGACAUGCUUCAGACUCGUUGUUUGGAGAUGUGUUUUCAGUCACACCCGCUCAAGCAAAACCAGAGACUUCCAAUGCCCCAUCUGGUGUUAUCAGUUCUUCUGUGCCAUCAACCGUUGUCCCAACAUCGGUGGGAGUGCAAUCCAUAAUGAAAUCAAGCCCCCUUGAUUCUUCCCUGCAGGUUACACCUCCUCAUCCCCCUACGGGUGGUCAACAUCAAGGGCAAAUACCAGCCAAGCCAAACAACCAAGUAACAGGGCAAGCAACCCCAGGACUGCGUAGUGGCCCAGGAAAUUCUUCCACCGCAGAGUCCCAGGUUGCAUGGCCAAGGAUGACCCAGUCCGACAUUCAAAAAUAUAGCAAAGUGUUUAUGCAAGUGGAUACCGACCGUGAUGGAAAAAUCACCGGCGAACAGGCUCGAAACCUUUUCCUUAGCUGGAGGCAACCAAGAGGUAGGACUGCGUAAUAUUGUGCACACUCUCUCCUCACACACAAUUUUGUAUAAAUCAAUGUGUCGCUUGUUUCUUUCUUAGAUAGUAUGUGAAAUACUGUUUCAAUGACAGUAUUUUGUUCCGAUUUUAACUUACUAGAACAUGUGUAUUUACAGAACGUGGGCAACAUAUGGUCCAUAUAUCCAAUCUUGCAUAGUGGGAUAAAGCCUCAGUUGUUUAUAUUGUUGUUGUGUCCAGUUACUGUUACCUCAUUAAUGUUUUACUUGUUUUUUAAAGUUGCAAAAAUCUAUGUCAUUACUUGGAAACUUAUCUGUGAUCGUGCUUGCUUGUAGAUACGACCAUGUUUUCCCUUCCUUGGAAGAGAUGAGAUCCUUGGUUUAGUGAUUCACCUUGUUCUUGGCAUUGUUGUUUAACUGGUGGAUAGUUUAAAUGGACCAUGUAGGAUCCAGCUCUCUUAACAGCAUGCAACCUAAGUGAAUCAGGGGUUAUGAAUGGAUCGAGUCAUCUAUUUAAUUAACGCUUUUUUUUGCCCAUUAUGUAUCUUCUAUCAGUUAAAUGUCAUCAGGAACUUGGGAUGCAUGUACAUAUUAGCUGAUACAUCCUAACCAUUUUGAUUGCAUGUCCUGUGCUGUUAUUUGUCUUAGCAUAAAGUGUUUGCAUCAAUUUCAUUAUUGUAAACUUAGUUUCUGAGGCUGUUUCUCUUGCAUGGAUUCUGUUGUUCAAAAAGUUUCUCCUUCCUAACGCACUGUAUCAACGUUUUCAUGUGUUCCUAUUUUAGAGGUCUUAAAACAGGUGUGGGAUUUGUCUGAUCAAGACAAAGACAGCAAGCUUUCCUUAAAAGAAUUUUGUAUAGCACUCUAUUUGAUGGAACGGUAUCGUGAAGGCCGCCCUCUUCCUUCUGAGCUUCCGAGUAGUAUAAUGUUUGAUGAGGCACUGUCUGCUUCUAUCCCAACUGUUGUACCGCAUGAUAAUGCUGCUUGGAGAGCUAAUCCUGCUUACCAACAACCACAAACGACUAGGGCAGUUCAACCAGGUGCUUUUCCUGGGAAGCCACCUCGUCCAGUUCCUGUUCCUCUACCUGAUGAUGGCAUGCAACCAAGUCGUCAGCAAAAACCAAAAGUUCCAGUUCUGGAAAAGCAUCUCUUAGAUCAACUAAGCAGCGAAGAACAGAAUUCGCUGAAUUCAAAAUUCCAGGAAGCAUCUGAUGCAGAAAAGAAGGUCGCAGAAUUGGAGAAGGAGAUAUUAGAUGCAAGAGAAAAGAUUCAGUUCUAUCAUUCAAAGAUGCAAGAAAUUGUGGGUAUCUCUUCUGUUUUUCUGGACAUUAACCAUGUGUUUUUAAUUUUAUUUUGUUUUUGGUUUUUACUUACCCACUUUCAGCAGUUGAUAAUUUCUUCUUUUCUAGAAAAAGGUCUGUUUUAUACUUCGACGAUAAAAUAUCCUUUCUACUUUAGUUCUUUUUACAAGUGCGAUUCUGGUAAGCAUUGUAAUGGAUGUCUGGGUUGGUUCUACUUGUGUUUUAAUGUUGUGUUGGGAUUCAUGUUUUGGUUUGAAUAUCUUUUAAUUUGUCACUUUCUGCACUUGGCGAUGGUGUGGAGAAGCCUCUUCUUCUAUUCUUUGGUGCAAUGGUGUGAUGGUUUAAUAGCUAUCAUGAAAAGGCUAAUAUACUUGCUGUAUUUGGGCUUGCAUUGGGUUGCAAAUAGUGGCCAAACAGUUCUACUUAUGCAUUUCUGCACUGUAAUUGGCAUUCAGGUCUUCUAUAAAAGCCGAUGUGACAAUCGACUGAAUGAGAUCACAGAAAGGGUUUCUGCUGAUAAGAGAGAGGUUGAGUCAUUGGGAAAGAAAUAUGAAGAGAAAUACCGGCAGGCUGGAGAUGUGGCAUCCAAGUUGACUAUAGAAGAGGCCACAUUCCGAGACAUUCAGGAUAAGAAGAUGGAGCUAUAUCGAGCAAUUGUCAAACUGGAACAGGAUGGUGGUGGUGAUGGUAUUGAGGAGCGGGUUAACCGUAUACAGUCGGAGCUGGAGGAACUUGUAAAAGCACUUAAUGAACGUUGCAAAACUUAUGGAUUACGUGCCAAACCAACAUCAUUGGUUGAGCUGCCAUUUGGUUGGCAACCUGGUGUCCAAGAAGGAGCCGCUGAUUGGGAUGAGAAGUGGGAUUUGUUUGAAGAUGAAGGAUUUGUUACUGUCAAAGAGCUCACCCUGGAUGUGCAAAAUGUCAUAGCUCCACCUAAACCCAAGUCCACAUUGAAAGAUUUAGAAUCUUCAAGAGAUGGAAACACAAUUGCUAAACCGUUAUCUGGUGCUGAUGACAAGUCAGAGAACGUGGAGAGGAAACCUGAGAAUGAGAAUGAUAGAGUGGAUGCCCAGGGUGACGAGACAGCUAGCAGUCCAUCGGAGAGUCCAGUACGUAAUAAUGCUCUCGAGAGUGAAUAUAAAGAGUUUGAAGACCGUUUCAAAAAGGACGCCAGUUUUGAUGGUUCACCCCAUGCUAAUCAUAGUGAGCAUGGGGGUCACGAAUCUAGAUUUGACAGAGGUUUUGAUGAACCUGGCUGGGAUGCGUUUGAUUCACAAUAUGAUACUGAUGGUGCCUUGGACUUCAAUCAUUUAAAGAAGGAUGUGGAUUCUGAGAGGCAAAAUGAGAAUUCUUCUUUUGGUUUUGAUGACUGGAACUUAAACCCUAUUAGAACAGGCCCCCCUCGCACUGAAAACAUCUACCAGAAACAGGGUCCAUUCUUUGAUUCUGUACCAAGUACCCCUAGUUACAAUACGGGCAACUCCCCUGUUGGAGAAAAUAUAUUCCAGAGGAACAGUACCUUUUUUGCAGACUCCGUACCAAGCACACCAAUGUACAGUUCAAAUAAUUCCCCACGAAGAUUUGAAGGGGCAGAACGUUCUUUCGAUAGCUUUUCAAGAUUUGAUUCCUUCAAUAUGCAAGAUGGUGGCCUAUUUACACCAAGAGAGCCCAUGCCCAUGGCUUUUUCAAGAUUUGAUUCGAUGCGCAGCUCCAGGGAUUCUGAAUAUGAUAAUGGCCUUUCUGCGACGCGUGACUCAUUGACAAGAUUUGAUUCCUUCCGCAGCAUGGCAGAUUCUGAUUACAAUUUUGGCCUUUUCCCACCUCGCGAGCCAACGAUGGCUAGAUUUGAUUCUACUGUUAGUAACAAAGAUUCUGAUUUUGGUCAUAGAUUUUCAUCUUUUGAUGAUGCUGAUCCUUUUGGAUCUAAUGAUCCUUUUAAGACAUCUUUGGAAAGUGAAACACCAAGGAGCCAGGUUGAUUGGAAUGAUCAUUUUAAGGUGUCUUUCGAUAGUCAAACGCCAAGGAGAGAUUCUGAUACUUGGAAUGAUCCGUUUAAGACAUCGUUUGAUAGUCAGACGCCAAGGAGAGACUCUGGUACUUGGAGUGCUUUUUAGUUGAGCAAUUUGUCGUUAUAUACAUUUGAUGCAGGCAGUGUGUGUGUUCAUUAUAAAGGUAAUUUUUUCGGAGGUUUAGCUGGCGUAGGUUUGGCGAGUUUGCUUGUUCCGUUUGUUCCUUGUAGAGAUUGUGAAUUCGUCACAAAGCCCCGGCCUUGUAAUUUUAUCACUUUGGUUAUUUCUAUUCAUUCUUAUAUUGUAUUUUUCCAUAUUGAACAAAACUUUAGUGGUGCUCAGUCUUAUUUAUUUCUUAGCUGUGUAAAAUGUGUACUACUAUCAUCUUUACAGAUUGAAAGUUUAAUGAAAUGAGUCCAAAUUUUUGCUUCCAAGGAAUAAAGUUGGCCUUUGGACCCCUCAAAAACUCUAUGAACUCAUCACGCUGAACUCAAGACCCUAAUUCUCAAUCUACUCUCGCUCAACGCAUUAGAUAUGGGUGAUAUGAUAUCUACAACACAAAAUAGAAAACAAACAGAACAAUGAACAAAACAACACCUUGUAUUUAUGAAUACAACCAUUGUGUUCUUGGUAUUUCAGAUGAAUUUUACAAAAUGCACUUUGCAAUCAUAAAAUCUUUUGCAAAGAGAAACAGCAUCGUUUGGUCAAGCCUUGGCUGCAAAAAUUUCCAGCAAGGAAGACCAUGUUCCUGAAACAGAUAGUACUAAACCAAACACAAUGAUUGCCACAUCCAGAGUCAACUCCGGCCACCCCAACUCUUCCUUAUACACAAUCAAGUGGAACAACGCCGGCAAAACAAAACCAAGAAUAAUGCAAACACUACUACCCACUAGAGACAAGAAAUCAGCAAAAUUUGGUACCAGUAAAGCAACCAAAGUCACUGCCAAAACAAUCACCCACCGAAGCCACAAGGAAUACCUGGCUUCACAAAACCUCCUCUCCACCACUUCAUAUACUGGAUUCAUCAUCAGUGGAAACGUAAAGAAUAGGUUUAUGCACAAUCCUAACUGAACAAGGGUGCUCAGCAAACCAAAUCCCAAAUUGGUAGUGAUGAUAUCUUUAGUUUCUUCUCCAAAAGCAAAAUAACCCAACACUCCAAAUCCUCCAUACAUCAAAGAUAUGAAAGCCAUGGAGAUUCCCAAUAUCUUACCAAACUUCUGCUUAUCUUUCAUCUCUGCUUCCAGUGGCAAUACCAUUCCAAUACCUUCAAAAGCAUAUACAGCAACUCCAAGGCCAUAAAAGAACACAUUGAACCCACCAAAAGCUUCCAAAGCGGGCCUGUUUUUCAGAAAAAUAAGAACAUCUUCAACCAUCACCACUCCCAUAGCUCCAAGAUCAACAACAUCAGCAAAGAUGCUCAAAGGGGCCAGAUGGGUCAGUGUUGGAAUUGCGUUCAAUCCCAGUUGGAAUGGAAAGCAGCUCCAUAUAUACACCACUUUGGGAGAAAUCCCCAAGAUCUUGGGAGUGGGAUCAGUUGGAGAAUAAUUGAAUAUGUAUGCUAAGGUAUUUGCAAUAAAGAUCAUAUAACUUAUACAAAAACCAGCCUGAGACAGAACAAUCAUGACAUCAACGGCAAACCUGCCGAUUGGACCACAUACAGCAAAGCCAAGAUCACCAAAAGAUGAGAUCUUGGAGGAGAGCUUUUUGGUACUGGAUUUCUUGGAUUCAAGGCGCCGGCGUGUUUUAACCAAAAGCAUCAUACAAUGAUAGGUGAAAAAGGCGACAGAGAAAAGCAUAAUUGCGCCCAUAACCCAUCCUGUUUUCUUGAAAGUAUAAGGAAGGCCUAAAACGCCAGCCCCAACUAUGGCUAUGAAGACAUUAGCAAACGUCUUGGCGGGAGAUGAAAGAUGUUGGUCGCAGGAAAGGAGUGGAGUUUCUUCCCUAGGAAUGUUUAGAACAUGUGAAGAUGAACUUGCUUCAUCUUUCUCAAAUCCCAUGAUUAUUAUAUUCCCCAAUUACUACUAUAAAAUUGGAAUAUCACAAUCAGCAAAUGAAAACAAUCAGAGCCCGGGGAGAGGAUGAAAGAUGAAGAUAUGGGUUCAGCUUCGUGUGUUCCAAAAACUGAAUUCCUAGGUUUCAGUCCGAUUGAAAUGAAUUUUUCACAGACCAAAUGUUGUUGAUGAUGAUGAUGAAAAAGGGUGGAUGAGAGAGGAGGAGAGAAUUGGUCAGGGAUUUCGAGUCUUUCUUGUUAUGCGAUUUUAAUAUAGAUCUAAUCUAAUAAUAAUGGUCAUUGAGACGUUUCUUCGCUUUUAGUUUUGGUCAUUGUCGCGAUUUAGGGGAUGCAUCGCAGCAGGUGGCAGGAAAAAGCGUCCCAUGCAGCACCAUAAUUCGACAACGACUUCUUUAUACAUUUUC